UUAAAAAAAAAAAAAAAAAAAAAACAUUUUUCAUAUUCUAUAACCUGAGUCUACAAAAAUUGCAGAAACGAAAGGAAUCAGAGUCUGAUCGAUCUGAUUGAUUGAUUGAGAGAGAGAGAGAGAGAGAUGGCUAUGGCUCGAGCAAGCUCUGGGCUGCAAUACCCGGAGCGGUUCUAUGCGGCGGCUUCAUACGCCGGUUUCGACGGCGACACCAACUCGACCUUCAAAUCUCUCACCUCUAAGUUCUCUAAGGAGUCCGCUGCUCUCCUUUACGGCUUGUACCAACAGGCGACAGUCGGAGCUUGUAACAUACCGGAACCUAAUUCUUGGAAAGUUGUUGAGCAUACCAAAUGGAAGAGCUGGAGCGGGCUUGGAAACACGUCUCCCACAGAAGCUAUGCGUCUCUUUGUGAAAAUAUUGGAGGAAGAUGAUCCAAGUUGGUAUUCAAGAGCUUCUAACUUUGUUGCAGAGCCUGUAGUAGAUGUGCAAAUGAAUCAUAAUUCAAAAGUUGAGCCAGUGGUUGAGAAUGGGAAUUCUUUUCCUGAGACAAAGACUAUUUCCACUGAAAAUGGGAGCCUGACAGAAACUCAGGAUAAAGAUAUUGUUGUGGAAGGCCUUGGCUCAGUUGCCAUGUAUGAUCAAUGGAUUGCACCUCCAAUAUCUGGUCAACGCCCAAAAGCCCGAUAUGAGCAUGCUGCAGCAGUUGUGCAAGACAAGAUGUACAUAUAUGGUGGAAACCACAAUGGUCGUUACCUUAAUGAUAUUCAUGUACUGGAUUUGAGAAGUUGGACUUGGUCAAAGAUUGAGGCAAAGUCUGGGGCUGAGUCCCUGGAGUCACCGUCUCCAGUAACGUUUGCUCCUUGUGCUGGUCAUUCCUUGAUACCAUGGGAGAAUAAGCUUCUGUCUAUUGCUGGACAUACAAAGGAUCCAGCUGAAAGUAUACAAGUGAGGGCAUUUGAUCUGCAAUCUAAUACUUGGUCACCACUAAAGACCUAUGGCAAAGCUCCGGUAUCACGUGGAGGUCAGUCAGUAACUCUUUUUGGGACCAGCUUAGUGAUUUUUGGUGGACAAGAUGCAAAGAGAACUCUCUUAAAUGAUCUCCAUAUUCUUGACCUAGAAACUUUGACCUGGGAUGAAAUAGAUGCCGUGGGGGUGCCUCCUUCUCCGAGGUCUGAUCAUGCUGCUGCAAUACAUGCUGAGCGUUACCUUCUGAUCUUUGGUGGUGGUUCACAUGCCACUUGCUUCAAUGAUCUACAUGUCCUUGAUUUGCAAGCUAUGGAAUGGUCUAGACCCACACAACAGGGUGAGAUACCUACUCCACGGGCUGGACAUGCAGGUGUGACAGUCGGGGAGAAUUGGUUCAUUGUUGGUGGUGGUGACAAUAAGAGUGGAGUCUCUGAAACUGUUGUCCUCAACAUGUCUACACUUGUUUGGUCAGUAGUAACAACUGUUCAAGGACGAGUUCCAGUUGCUAGUGAGGGUUUGAGUUUGGCUGUAAGCUCCUUCAAUGGUGAAGAUGUACUUGUUUCUUUUGGAGGAUAUAAUGGUCGUUACAACAAUGAGGUUAAUGUUCUUAAACCAAGCCACAAAUCAACCUUGCAAUCAAAGAUAAUAGAAACUCCUGUCCCAGACAGUGUUGCUGUGCAUAAUGCUACAAAUGCUACAAAUGCUACAAGAGAUCUGGAGUCUGAGUUUGAGGCAGGCCAAGAAGGGAAAAUUAGGGAAAUUGUUAUGGACAAUGUUGACUCAGAGCCUGCGAAAUCUAAUGGUGAGCAAAGCAAUAUGCAUCUUGUGGCAACCCUCAAGUCAGAGAAAGAGGAAUUAGAAUCAUUGCUCAGCAAAGAGAAUAUGCACUCUCUUCAAUUAAAGCAAGAAUUAUCAGAGGCUGAGAAUCGUAACACUGAACUAUACAAGGAGCUCCAAUCUGUGCGUGGUCAACUUGCAGCUGAACAGUCUAGAUGUUUCAAACUAGAGGUUGAUGUUGCUGAGCUACGGCAGAAGCUCCAAACAAUGGAGACAUUGCAGAAGGAACUGGAACUCCUUCGGCGACAAAAAGCUGCAUCUGAACAAGCUGCCUUGAAUGCAAAACAGAAGCAGGGCUCAGGCGGCGUGUGGGGUUGGCUUGCUGGAACGCCUUCUAACGAAAAUACCGAUGAUGCCUGAAUAUUUGCAAGAGCCUAGUUGAAUAGUGAUUACUUAGAUUUGGUUUCCAUUGAUCCAUAUUUGUUUCACAUAUUUUUGUUCCUUCCCCAUAUUUUCCCAUUUUAUACUAUAAAAACACCCUCGAUUCUUUCCCGUGAUAGAAAUAAGAUACCAGGUUUUUGUUUGUCAGGAGGAAAACCCCUUGGGGUUUCAUGAAUACAUGUACUGUAAUUCAAUUAUCUAGUUCUAUAUGGCUGUUAGUGCAAUAUCGCUCUUGUAACCAAAAUUUUGGAGUUUGUACUUUGUACCUGUGAGGUAAAUGUAUUAUUCGAGUGAAGUAUAGGUUUUCAUUGUUUAUUAA